AUGAAGCAGGCAAAAACCGCAGAAAUCACUUGCCUCCUGUUAUUGCUGUUCUCCGGGCUGGUGGUUUGUUCACAUGUAGCUGGGAGUCCUCUGACGGAUGAUGUGGCUACGUUGGAUUUACUGAAGGAAAACAUUCCCCAGGAUUACAACAUUCCUGCUCAGUACAUUGAAAAAGAAGUGGGGGGAGCGUGUUGGCUUCAGCUGAACCUGUAUCCAGUAGAAACCAGCUUGAAGGCACUGGCCCUCAAGUUUGGUAACCUGUCCCCGAACCGAGCAAAUAUCACCAUGUUCAUCACCAUGCUGCAAGGGCUGCGCUUCACCCUUGAUAAUGAGGAACUGGAAGUGACAAUGCAAGUCUUUAAGUGCCAUUACAGAAGAGUGAGAUGGUCCACAGGCCAAUACUUCAACCACAUCAAAGAUAUUUUUGAAGCAGCCACUCAGUCGCCUGGAAGAUUUCACUGUGCCCCUCCCCCGUGCCCUGCUCCUACAUCUCCACCCGCUUUACCAGGUAAUAAGCAGCAUGGAAAAAAUGGAAGGGAGAGGUCAAAGCAUGGACUUCUAGCGCUGCUUCUUAUCCCCUGCAUAACCUUUUUGGCUUUCAGUAUCUUUAAGAGCCCAGAGGGAUUCAACAUCAUUACAGGAAUCUGUAGUGUGAAACAACUCGUACUUAAAUUUGAGGAAAGGGAUGAUUAA